AUGAUUGCCAAGCUCGGCUCGCCGCUAGGUACUCCGUCCCUGGCGGCCACGACGGCCCAAUUCAGGAACCGGCUGCCCACACAGUUCCGACGGGCCCUCCCCAUCUACAUCGCUGCCACGAGCGGACGGGUGCCCCUCGGUCGUGGGGCCGUGUCGGGGUCAAGUGUGGCCAAGGUGCGGAGCGAGUUUCCGAGGAAGAUCUGGCAGACUUGGAAGGUGAACCCGCUCAAAUUCGAGGAUCGCGACCUCAACACCGCGCGGUCAUGGGUUGCGAAGAACCCCGACUACCGAUACGAGGUCUUGACCGACGACAAUGACCUGCGUUACGUCGAAUACCACUUCGGCCCCGACGGCUUCAACCGGCCUGAUAUCGUCAACUUCUACCGCGACGUAAAGGCCGCCAUCGUCAAGGCUGACCUUUUGCGAUACAUGAUCAUGUACGCCGAGGGCGGCGUGUAUGCCGACAUUGACGUGGAAGCGCUCAAGCCGCUGUCCAAGUUCAUCCCGGAAAGAUAUGCCGAAAAGGACAUCGAUAUGGUGAUCGGCGUCGAGAUCGACGAGCCAGACUGGAAAGACCACCCGAUUCUCGGUCCCAAGUCCCGCUCCUUCUGCCAGUGGACCUUCGUGUGCAAGCCGCAGCUGCCUGUGAUGAUGAGGCUGAUCGAGAAGAUCAUGUCAUGGCUCAACGGCGUCGCAAAGGAGCAAGGCGUUUCGCUCUCGGAAGUCGAUCUGGAUUUCGACCAGAUCAUCAGCGGCACCGGGCCGUCGGCCUUUACCGAGGCUAUCUUGAUCGAGAUGGAUCUGCAAAAGGAGGACCCCAGGACGAAGAUCGACUGGGAUUUGUUCCACGAUCUCGAUGAGUCGAAGGUCGUAAGCAGGGUGCUCAUCCUCACAGUCGAGGCAUUUGCCGCUGGCCAGGGCCACUCGCACUCCGGAAACCACGAGGCCAGGGCGGCUCUCGUCAAGCACCACUACCACGCGUCCAACUGGCCCAGCAGGCACCCCCGCUACAGCCACCCUGCGUAUGGCGAGGUGGAGAGGUGCAACUGGGAGCCCGAGUGCAAGAAAAAGGCCGAAGAAGAAAAGAAGAAGAAGCAGAAGGAGGCGUCGGAGAAAAAGAAGAAGGAGGAAGAAGAGGCGUCACGGAAAAAGAAGGAGGAAGAGGAGGCGGCAGCGCGCAAAAAAAAGGAAACCGAGGAAGCGGCCAAGGAGAAGGAAAAGGAGAAGGAGGUGUCUGACAAAGGCGAAGAGGCAGCGGAGCCGAAACAGCAGGAGAAGAAGUCCGGGUGGUUCUCAUGA